UGUCAUAAAGGCCAGAGCAGCCCCACCCCUGGCCACUACUGGCCCUGAAGGGCAGAGGAGAGGAGUAAGCUGGAGGGCUCUCUGGGAUGCUGAUGGAGAUGGAGAUGCAUGGAGCUGGGAGAAGGCAGCAGCCCCCCAACCCAGAGACUGGGGCCCUGGGAGAGGAGGAGGAGGAAGAGGAGGAGGAGGAGGAAGAAGAAGAGGAGGAGGAGCCCCUCAGGGGAGAGUCUUCUGCGGGAGAGGUAAAUGAACCAGGAUCGGUUGCAGCCAAUUACAUUCUAUCAAAUGGAAGAGUGAAGAAAGAAUGUCCCUUGGCUUCAUCAGAUGAACAAAGGGGAGGACCACAGCCUAAGCUCAAAUUUGAAGAUACCCUCUCAGUCUACAGAAAAUUGUGCUACGGCAUUGGGGGUGCCCCAAACCAAGUUGCUAGCAGCGCUGUUUCAUUCUUUCUUCCAGUCUACCUCUUAGAUGUAGCUCUGAUUACUCCAUUUUAUGCCUCCUUGGUGUUCUUCAUUGGCAAAGGAUGCGGAGUAGCUGCAGAUCCUAUUGCAGGCUUUUUUAUUAAUAAAAGCAAAUGGACUAAAUUUGGCCAACUCAUGCCUUGGUUGCUGGGUUGUACGCCUUUUCUCGCUGUGUCCUAUUUCUUGCUAUGGUACCUCCCUCCCUUCACAUCUGACAGAUUUGUAUGGUGUCUGAGUUUCUAUAGCCUUUUUCAGGCACUGUCUACAGUGUUCCAGGUAGCAUAUUCUUCUCUCACCAUGUCUGUCACCACAGACCAGAAGGAUCGAGACUCUGUGACAGCUUACAGAAUGACAUUUGAAGUUUUUGGAACCUUGCUUGGAGCAGCGCUCCAUGGACAAAUAGUUGCCAGCACUCAUGCCUCUGAUCCCUGCAGCCACAAUCAUACCACAAAACAUUUGUACCCUGCCCACCGACAAGAAAAUAUUUCCAUCAUCCAAGACCUAUCUUUUGAAAGAAAAGUCUACAUGAUUGCAGCAGGAACAAUAGGAGGAAUAUACCUUCUCGGCAUAGUUGCUCUUUUCUUUGGAGUGAAAGAAAAAGUUGACCUAUAUGCCUUAAAAACAUACAGAAAAAUUUCUUUCUGUGAGGGACAGAGACUAGCAUUGAAGCAUGGACCUUAUGUGAAGCUUGCAGGAUCUUUUUUCCUGAUCUCAACUGCUGUCCAGCUUGAACAAGGAAACUUUGUCCUCUUUUGUAUACAUGCAUCUGAUCUUCACAACCACUUUCAGUACUUAGUGCUGACACUUUUGGUGUCAGCAACAGUGAGCAUACCAUUCUGGCAAUGGAGUUUGAAGAAAGAAGGCAAAAAACUUACAGCAUAUAGGAUAUCGGCGUUGAUUUCUGUUGCAGUCAUCCUGGUGAUGUUCCCAAAUCCGUUCAUCGCCUACCCAGUGGCUGUGAUAUCUGGGGCGUGCAUUGCGGCAGCUAUGCUGUUGCCAUGGUCCAUGUUGCCCGAUGUUGUUGACCACUUUCAAGUGCAGAAUCCUCAAUUAAGAGGACAUGAAACUAUUUUCUAUACUUCAUACGUUCUUUUAACCAAGAUAUCCUCUGGGCUUGCACUGGGAAUUUCAUCCUUUACUCUGGAUCUUGCAGGCUACAAAUCAGGAAUAUGCAAACAGCCCAGCAGUGUUGUUACCACGCUGAAAACCUUGAUUGCUGUAGUUCCAUCCAUUAUCAUUAUUUUAGGCUUAUUUAUACUCUAUUUCUAUCCAAUCACCGAGAAGAGUCGAGAAGAAACAAAAUAUGCUCUUGAAAAUCUAAGGAGGAAAUAUCCAAGCGUUGACAGUCUCCCAGAAAAUGAAGAAGACCUAUCAUUGUGAAAGCAUCAAGAGAAAAAGCUGGUUGUAACAGUAACUUGAUCUGGUGGUCCCACUUAGUGGAAUGAAGGCUUUACAGUAUUUUAUCCCAUUUCAAGCUUUGUCUCAAGUCAUGUUAUAUUAAUUCAAAACAUGUUCAUCUGGAACAUUUGAACAAGUCUGCUUAGACCUUUGUAUGUGUAAAAUAUUGUAUUGCCAUAUUGUUCUGAACCUCUGGAAGCUCUGUUUGAAAGAUGGAAUUAACAGUGUUUUGCUUACAGUUACAUUAUAUGGAGGAUUGUUAAUUGCUACAAAUCUACUGCCUUGGAAUGAGUCAUGCCAAGUGGGUAGAGCUCCUUAAAAAUAUUGAUGAAAUUUAAAAGAACAGAUCUUGUUUUCCAUAAGGUCAUACAAUUUCUUUUGUUAACAGAUAACCCUGUCAUCAUCAUGUUAACCGAUUUAGAGCAAUCUAAAAUAUUUUGAAAAAUUAUUCUCUAACCUACCCACCCUUGGAAGUUUCAACAUUUUCAUGUUCUUGAAAUGUGGUCGUGCCAUCUUCAUAUGUAAGAGUGAGAAUAAAACAAGACCUAUGCAGUGCACUUAAGGUUAAAGGGGUCCAUAAGCAAAAAUGAAUGCCAAAUGUGGAUGUAAUGAACCACAUGCUUUCUAGCUGCAUUUUAAGUUGAGACUUAGAAGUUUACAACUGAAGAAAGCAGCAUUUAACCUGGAUGAUCCAAAGCUGAGAGCUCUGAGUUCAAACCCAUGUUCUUAUAAAAUGCCUGUGACUUUUACAGCAAGCGAAGACAUCAUUGAUCUGAGGAUAAUAUUGUUGUGUGAUCUCUCAAAAGUCCAAAGUUCAAGCAUUUGUUGCUCUAUGGCAUAACUGCUGUGGCAUGAACUAUUUUCAUGCAAGCAUUUCUAUCUUUGCACAAUUAAGGGUGCGUGGAGAGGAAGCAGAGGAUGAGCGAUGAUCUUCCAGGCUUUUGAACUGCACAGACAGCUUAUGGAAAUGGAGCAGGCACCUUGCUGCAGGCUCUCUCCAACUGUUAAUGGGUGACAGAGACAGUAAUGGAGGAAGAAAGUGAGUUCAUUUUUGUUUCCUUUCCACACAGUCUCAGUUGCACAAAGAAACACUUAGAUCUACUGUAAACAGUGUAAUCGUGUAUAAGAUGGGAGGUAAUUUACUAAACAGUAGCCCAUGAAGCGAAAAAUGGGAUUCUUCCAAGUACUAUUAUUACUGGAACAAUCCAAUGUUUGAAAGAACAAAGACUUUCAGGUGUCAUUGCAUGAAGAUUUUAGGUCUCUUCACAGUAUCCAGUAGCUCAUGAGUAUCAUAGGACAGGUGGCUGAUCUGUACAUAGAAGAUGCUUAUGUGCAAAUGUUUUUUUUAGUACAGUCUUCAUGUGCAAUGCUAUAUAUGCAAUCCUGAUUUUCAUAAUUACAUUUGCCAAACAAUGUGCAUUAGCCUUUUGUGUGCUUGAGAUGGAAGCGGUUGAUUAUUUGUGCACAUGGCAUAUUGACUACAUUGCCUCUCAGAAUGCCGCUUCCAUAAUUUCCAUCCAGUGCAAUUUCACUUAUUUACACAAGGUGAUAAAUACUCUGAUCCUGUUUUGUAAGUAAAAGGUCACUGAAACAGUCAAAUAGAUGCCAAACAAGGGCAGGUUGUUCAAUGUCAUCUUUCUCUCCUUCUGGCAAUGGAAACUGGCUCUCCAGUUAGAUCAUUACUGACCUAAAAAGCUUACAUGUUGUGGGGAAUCAAAUUGACAAAGAAAUAUUUAGGACAUGGCAAAUGUUCAACCCAGCCCUGAACAAAUGUGAGCCAGCAUGGUGUAGUGGUUCGAGCUCUGAAGAUCAAGUUUAUUUACCCGCUUGGCCAUGGAAACCCACUGCAUGACCUUGGGCAAGUCACAGACUGUCAGCCCCAGGAAACCCUGUUAUAGGUUGGUCACCAUAAGUUGGAAAUGACUUAUAGGCACAUAACAACAUAAAACUUAAAUUACCUCAAUCCACUGCCAGCAAGAAAACAUUUGUGGUAUUUCAGUAAUGGAGAGCAGGUUCUCUUAGAUUGACCUGUACAAAAAUAUCUCAAAUGCUAGAAUAAAAUAUUUUAGGCUAAACUGUAUAUUUGAAAAUGGGGGAAAGUUUAUUUUUAUUAAUGAAUUAAAUAUAUAUUUUUAUAAAAUGUAAAUUUUAAAAAGCAAAGCUAGGGCUGGAAACAAUUAUUAAUACUUAGCUGCACUGGGAACAACUCCUUCGCUAGUUUAAAUGAAAUGGAAAUGCUGCAGGAGCCAAUCAGUAUCCUUAAUGUACUAUAAAUAUCCUCUAGGGGUUGUGCCCUAAUAAAUCAUUUAAAUUAUACACGUACAAGAGCCAUAUCGAGGAUGCAUUUCCACAAAAAAAUUACAGAAUUACUCAAAUUAUCAUCUAUCUACACAGUUAUUGAAGUGGAAGUCAUUUAUUACUUUAGAGUUAGAAGAAAGGCUGCUAGAAU